CUUGUGUCUUACCCCUUAGUUAAAACAAUUCCAAAGUUGGAAACACUUAACUAAGAGUCCAUCCUCCUGUCCUAUAGCCAGGCAAUAAUUGCAUAGAUCCAUUAUACAAAAGAUGCUUCAAUUAUUUGUUCUCAUCUUGUUCUUCCCACUUCCAUGGCUUAAUAGGAGCAUUGACAAUUACAUAUUUGGCUAACAAAUAUCCUUCUGCAAACAAGUCAAAGUGCUGGCCACUAUGCUGCACUUUGAUAUAUGAAAUGAUAGGACUGUUAAUGAGAAAGAUUUGCUACGCCCUGUGAAAUAGAGAAGAAAGAUUCAUUAGAUUUCGUAGCAUGAAUGCGUUACAAAGGAAAUGUUUUUACCUAUUAUUGCUGUUGUAUUUGUAUUCCACUCAUCACACUUUUGGUGCUACAGAUAGUAAAAUAACGAGGACUCAGUUUCUUAAGGAUGGCGAUUAUAUUGCUUCACAUGGUGGAAGCUUCGAAAUGGGGUUCUUCAGUACAGGUAAUUCUAAAAAUCGGUACGUAGGUAUGUGGUACAAGAACAUAUCUGUUAGGACAGUGGUGUGGGUUGCUAACAGAGAUGCUCCUUUGACUAGUGGAUCAGGUGUCUUGAAAGUAAUAAAGCCGGGAGUUCUUGUUCUUCUGAAUCGUACUAACAAUGUUGUGUGGUCAACUAACACAUCGAGAUCCGUGCAGAGUCCCGUUGCACAGUUGAUGGAUUCUGGAAAUCUUGUUGUGAAAGAGGCUGGUGAUGAUAACCCGGAAAAUUUCCUCUGGCAGAGCUUUGAUCACGCGACUGAUACGCUUUUACCAGGCAUGAAACUCGGUUGGAACUUUGUGACUGGCAGAGAGGUGUAUUUGUCAUCAUGGAAGAAUGAGGAGGAUCCAGCUACCGGUGAUUAUACAUAUCGUUGUGAUCCUUCUGGAUAUCCACAGAACAUCUUGAAGAAGGGCUCAGAUCUUAAGUAUCGCUCUGGACCGUGGAAUGGUCUUCGUUUUAGUGGGGCGAUAAGUUCAAGAGAAAGUCCUUUCUAUACAUUUGGGAUAUUUUCAAGUAAGACAGAGGUGUAUUUUGGAUAUAAGCUCACAUCUUCAGUUACCACAAGGUUGACACUAAAUCAGAAUGGUGUAUUACAGCGCUGGACUUGGGGUGACCGUGUACAGAAUUGGAUCCCUUACCUUGCAAUACCUACAGACAACUGUGAUGUUUACAAACUGUGUGGUGCAUAUGGUAGCUGCAACAGUCAAAAUUCUCCUGUAUGUGGAUGCUUGGACAAAUUUGUGCCAAAACACAAAGAAGAUUGGCAGAAGGCAGACUGGUCAAGUGGCUGUGUUCGAAAGACUGAACUAAACUGCCUCCAGGGAGAUGUAUUUUUAAAGUAUUCGCAUAUCAAAUUACCAGACACACGGAAUUCCUGGUCCAAUGUCACUAUGACACUAGAAGAAUGCAAGAAUAUGUGCUUAAGAAACUGCUCUUGUAUGGCUUACUCAAAUAUUGACAUACGCAAUGGAGGAAGUGGAUGCUUAUUGUGGUUCCAUGAAUUGCUUGACAUUCGGCAGCUAUUUAAAGAAGGGCAAGAUAUCUAUAUAAGAAUAGCUUCCUCUGAAUUAGAUAGUCUGGAGAAAUCAGAUGGAAAGACGGGAAGAGUACUAUAUUGGAUCCUGCCUUUAUCAGUUGGUUUAGUUCUGGUAAUUAUCCUUAGCAUGCUGAUAUUUCACAGAAGAAGGAAGGCGGCGUUAAAGCUUAAAAAGAAAGGAAAAUGGGAGUGCAGUGGCAAUUUCAAGAUGGAUUACGCCAGUGGUUGUUGCACUGAAGAAUUUGAGAUACCGCUGUUUGACUUAUCUACCAUAAUGAACGCUACCAAUAACUUUUCAGUUAAUCGAAAGAUUGGAGAGGGGGGCUUUGGUCCUGUUUAUAAGGGAAUACUUGAACAAGGACAAGAAAUAGCUGUCAAGCGGCUGUCUAAAACAUCCAAGCAAGGCGAAGUCGAGUUCAAGAACGAAGUGGUAUAUAUUUCCAAACUUCAGCAUAGAAAUCUUGUGAAGAUUCUUGGAUGCUGCAUUGAAGGAGAAGAAAAAUUGUUGAUAUAUGAGUACUUGCCAAACGGAAGUCUUGAUUCAUUUAUAUUCGGUAACGGACAAAGCAGGAUAUUAGACUGGCCUAAGCGUUUUCACAUUAUCAAUGGGAUUGCUCGGGGACUUGUGUAUCUACAUCAAGAUUCUCAGCUGAGGAUAAUUCAUAGAGACCUGAAAGCUAACAACAUUUUGCUAGACAAUGACAUGAACCCAAAAAUAUCAGAUUUUGGUAUAGCAAGAUGUUAUGAAGAGGACGAGCAUGCAGCCAGGACAAACCGAAUUAUUGGAACAUACGGGUACCUCUCACCAGAAUAUGCAUUAUACGGGGUAUACUCAGUAAAAUCAGAUGUGUUCAGCUUUGGUAUCUUAUUACUGGAAAUUGUUAGUGGAAAAAGCAACAGAAAAUUCUCUCCUUCAGACCUUAACCUUAGUCUAAUCGGACAUGCAUGGGAACUCUACAAGGAAGGUAGGUCAAUAGAACUACUUGAUGAACGCCUACGUGAUUCUUGUUUUGCACCUCAAGAGGUGGUACGAUCAAUCUGUGUUGGUCUAUUAUGUGUCCAACAACGUCCAGAUGAUCGUCCAAGUAUGUCUUCCGUGGUUAUAAUGUUAAACAAUGAAGGUCCGGUGCCUCAGGCUAAAGAACCAGCCUUUUACAUAAAAGGAGAUGCGUCGGAUACUGAAUUAUUUUCUGCCCAAUUUGCACAUAGUACAACACUGACACCCCGUUUGAAUAUUAGGCGACAGACAGAGAAUACUAGUUCACUUUUUAAAGCAAUUUCUUUUGUAGCAAUGUAGCUAAGCUUGCAUUCUAACAAAUUAUAGCUAACCCUUACUCUCAGAAUGUAUAUUUGACAUUUUAUCGACACAUUACAUAUCAUGCCCGAGCAAAUUAUUAUCUUAUCAUA